ACGCACCCUCAAUCCAAUGGUAGAGAAACGGUUCGAUUGAAAAUGAGAGGAGUUUUUCUGUUUUGAGAGAGCGAGUCUUUGAUGAUGAGUGGUCGAAUGUAUACAUUUGAUACAACCGAUCAUAAGUCACCUUGUUGUAACUUUCAGUGGUAUAUUUUCAGAAAACAAGGUGAAAGCAGAAUCAUCACUUGUGAACUGUUCGGAGUUAUCGUUUCACUUGAAAACAGAUGGGACUGGCUAGAGUUUAUGAUAGAUGACUCGUUACAGUUGACUGCUUUCAGGUGCCCAAAAAGAGAUAAACUUGGAAUGGAAACGUUACUACAACUGGGUGACGUUGCUCAAGUAACCGGUAAUUGGAAGUUGUCAAACGGGGCUUUCUUGAACGCAACUAAAAUUGCCAUCCAUAAUAAUCCCGACGUAGAGUGUAAAUAUUGGCUCCAACAGAUACAAAAAUACAAGUCAAAAGUUUGUGAGUUAGAAAUUCCGUCAGAUUGGAUUCGUCGACAACAAAGAGCACACAAUUUGAAAACGGAUGCAGUGUUAUCCUUUUCUGCUCAAGUUUCCACUGCUGCUGCUACGUGUUGGAAAUUGUGGAAGAAACAUUUCAAUCAAGGUGGGAAGAUCAGCCUCCAAAGACUGUGGGAAGUAAUUCAACGAGAGAAUUGUCCGAAAAUGCAAGAGUUGUCAAGUUGUAGAAGGAAUCAGAUAGUGCAGUUGUUGAUUCAUUUGGGGUAUCUAAUUCCUCUAUCCAAGGAACCUGAAACUUAUGUUUUACUUAUCGAUGAUAUUUUGGAUAAACAAGUAAUGCAAAUUUUUAAUCAAAACAUAGCCUCAAAGACGCUUUCCUUAAGAGAAGUUGCAUAUCGACUAGAGGAAUAUUUCCACGUGGAGGAAAUCAGUUUGGAACGUGUUGAGGAAAGUAUUCUGAGACUAGCUUAUAAAGAAAAAGUGGAACAAGUGUGACACAAAGACAGCUACUGUAAAUUGAUUAUUAUCGUUUAGGCAUCUUUAUAUAAACAAAAAUGGAUAUAAAUGAAAAGAGUACACC